UAUAUCUCUCUCAUCUACCACGGCUGAACGGCUUCCAUUUCCACCAUAAAACCCUAGAGAAAGGAAAAAACCCUAACCUCUUAUCUGCAAUUGUUUCCCAAUCUCCACCAGAAUACCUUCUCCAGUUCAAUAAUCACAAAUGGCAAGGAAGAAAGCUUCCCAGCAGCAGCAGCAGCAGCAAGAGAAUCCUCCCAAAGAGGUCUUGCAGAUGGAGAAGCCUCACGAGACGACUAUGGAGGAUUACUCAGAAAAGCUCUCCAACUUGAAAUCUCUCAAUGCUCUUCUCCUUAAAGAGACCGUCAAACGUAGACAACAAGUCGACUCACUUGUCCAAUCCAAAGAGUCGCUGGAAUCGGAGAUCUCUCGCACUUUGCUCGACAAACAGAGAUUGGAAUCCGAGAAGUUUUUCUUCCAGGAUGAAACCAUCGUCGCCGAGCUCGAGCAGAGGUUGACUCUAACUUUCGUCUCGUCACAACUCAACCAGCAAGCUGAGAGCUUGAAGAAUGAGAUAAGGAAAGCAAAUGAAGAGACGAGAGCUCAGACUGCCGUCUUUGAAGCUAAGCUGAAAGAGAAAAUCAAUGACAAAGAGAAAUCCAGGAAGGCAACUGAGACUAGGAUGGAAGAACAGCAGAAAGAGAUGAACCAGAUGAGCGAGGACUUUCGCAGGUACAGGAACGAAGUCCGAAAGGAUCUCGAUCUGAAACAGAAGGAGGCGAAUAGGUUGAGGUCAACGGUGGUAGCGUUGGAGAAGAGCAAUGCGGAGGCUCGGGAAGAGAUUGGUCAGAUGCAAAUGGAACGCGACGAGGUUAGGCAAGAGACGGAGAAAAGGUAUGGAGACAUGAAGAGAGAAAUGGAAGCCGCUGUUAGAGAGAAGGGUGAGAUCGAGGCUGCAACGAAGAAACAGUUUCGUGAGAUCAACUCCUUGAAGAAAUCAUUGGCUGUCCUAACAGCCGACCACAGCAGUGAGAGAGAAGCAUCCGAGCGUGUUCUUCGUGAAAAGGAUCUGAUCCAACAACACCUCGACACCCACAUAGAAGAGAUAAAAAGUUUGAGGUCAACUCUUCUUGAGCUGGAGAAGAGUAGAUCAGACACUCAUGACGAGCACCAUCGAUUACAGACAAAGCACAAACUACUUUUGGAAGACAAAGAAAAGAUGAAGAUGAGCCUUGCUGCACUAGAAAGAGACAAGGCCUCUGCAGAGAGAAGCCUGAUACAGUCAACACAACAAAUAGAAGAUCUUAAGAGAGAGGUCACAGAAGUUGUAGCAGACAAGCAGCAGAUCCAGUAUGAGAAGACUCAGCAAGCAGUAGAGAUCAAUGAACGGAAAAAAGAAGUGGCUCAGCUCAGUUCCACCAUUUCCAGUCUACAAAAGCAGGAAGAAGGUUUGCAGCUGAAAAUUUCCGAGAUGGGAAGUAGUAAUGCAGAUGCUCAAGAGAAGCAACAGCAGCUGUUGAUGGAGUUCAAUGUGUUGGUUAAAGAAAAGGAGGAGAACGAAAAACUCUGUGAGAAGUUGAUGGAGGCCAAUCAGAGUCUUGAAGAGUCCUAUCGGCGAAUAAAGGAGCAAUGGAGAAAGGUGCAGGAAAUAGUCAUUGAGAAGGAUGUGAUAGAGCAGGUGAAGAUUAAGCUGGAGGCUGAAAUCUUUGAGCUACAUGAAGAGAUGAGAAAGCUAAGGGCCACUGUAUCCACACUGUACGAAACAUGUCGAGAACACGAAGAAAACAGCAACCAACUCAAAGCUGAAGCAAUCCAAAACAGAGAUGCUCACGAUCGUGUUGCUCUUGAGAGGGACGAUGCUCUGAAGCUACUUAAUAUGGAGAAAAAGGAGUACUCCACCUUGAGAUUGAAACUUCUGGAAUUGGAGAAGAAUCUUAAGGAGACCAAAGAAGAAAUUGCUCAGCUACAUACAGAGCGUGAUAAUCUAGUCAUGGAAAGGAAAGAGAUGGAGGGCAACCUUCAAUGGCUGACUGAGGAGAAGGCUUCAUUGCAGAAGGCCUUGUUAGAAGCUCAACAAGGUCCCGAGGAUCAGCAGGUUAAAAUGAUAUCCACAGACAAGUUGUCAGACCGAACCUUAUCCAUGUUAAAGGACAUGGUAGCCAUUGUGCGUGGAUCUGCAGAAGAGAAGGAUGGAAAGGGAGAAGCAGGUAUUGGCUCAGAGAAAAUUGAAGUGGAGAUUCAACCAAUUGCAGCAGAGUUUGAAGCAAUCACGAGAGCCUUCAGAAACAAAGAAGCAAAGAUGGAAGACUUGUCCCAACAACUAAGGUUCCUCGAGAACUCUGUGAUGGAGGAAAAAAAGAAGAGGAGCUUCUGGACAUUGCUAUCCUCUGUAACAACAAUUUUUGCUGCAGCAUCUGUGGCCUAUGUUGCCAAGGGACACUAACUGAUCUGUAUUUUUCUAUUUUCUUUCGAGUUUUUUAGGUGGUUUCUUAGAAGUAGCUUUAAGGGUUUACUCUCUCCAGAGGUGAAACUAUACCAGAUGGUUUCUUUUUCUAUCUUACCUUGCCCGAACAAUGUAUGGUUCAUAGGUUCUUCCAACCAGGAAGAACUUCUGAUGAUCCUGAAAUCAAAAACUCUCAUUUAACAA